ACCGUUCAUCGUCAAUUCUGGUUCCAAAUGCAUAAGAGAACUAAUUUGAGCCUCUCACUGUACAUAUACUUAUAUUCUAUAGCUGUGCUCUUCUUCUUGCUAGAUUUUGCUUCUUCGUGUUGUAUUGUAGAGACUGCUUUAUUCAUAUUUAGUCUAGAUAAAACAUAUUUUACAGAAUCAGAUGUUACAUUAAAAGAAGAUAAAAAAGUGGAACUUUGGGGAAGAAGAAAUCGAGAACAGUCUAAUUGGGGACCAACCCAAGUUGAAAUAGAAGAAAAAUGUACAUUUAAAAUUUCUGCUUUCUCUAAUGGGUCAGUAACAACUGUCUUUUUAACAUCUUCUAAUGCUGGUAUAUCAGCAGUUCUUUCCUUCCCCAAUUCACAAGACUUCACCAAUUUCAAACUAGAAGCUGUGUAA